AAACCCUAAAAGCACAGCAAACCUCCCUAGCUUGUAACAACUUUUUGUUAUCUCUGAACCAAAAAAACUGCGAACUUCAUUUCCAUCAUCAUCAUCAAGAUGCAGGACUAUUCCUUCUUAGGAAACACGAAGAUGGUUCCUUCAACAUCCUCUUUACUCUCUUUAUACGCUUCUUUUUCCACUUCCAUGAUGCUUCUAAGAAACGCCUACCGUGAAUUUGUACCCCAUACGAUCGAACAUUUCGUUCUUUCAAAGCUCUCCCUCUUAUUUUUCGCUCCUCGAAAAUCCGAAGUAUCUUUCGACACUUUCAUCAUCGACGAUUCUUGGGACGGUCUCGACCGCAACCAGCUCAUCAACGCUGCCAGAUUUUACUUAUCCUCCAAAAUCGACAGCAGGAAUAAAACCAUUCGAGUCGGUAAGUUCCGAGGCCAAGAGACUGUUACCGCCUCUUUAGUCGAAGGCGAAACGAUCGAGGAUGCGUUCGACGGUAUUGAAAUUAAGUGGACAUAUGCCAAGCCAGAGAAGGACUCCGCCGGGAAUAACACUCGCUAUUAUAACAAAGGCUACUUCGAGAUUACGUUUGAAGAUGAGCAUAGAGAUAAGAUUUAUAACGAGUACUUGGCGCACAUUCUUAGUACUUACAGCCUCAUGACCAAGGUCGAAAAGGUUUUACGUCUUUACACCAGGUCUCGUAGCGGGUGGAGUCGCAUUGAUUUUAAACAUCCAUCCACGUUUGAUGCGCUCGCCAUGGAUCACAAGCUGAAGCAGUCGAUCAUCGAUGAUUUGAACAGGUUUUUGUCGAGGAGGGAUUAUUAUAAGAGAAUCGGAAAGGCGUGGAAGCGCGGUUAUCUUCUUCAUGGACCUCCGGGGACUGGAAAAACGAGUUUGAUUGCGGCGAUGGCGAAUUACUUGCAGUUUGAUGUGUAUGAUUUGGACCUUGCUAAUAUCAGUUCUGAUGGUGAUCUGAGAAGAGCUAUGCUUGAUAUAGAUAGAAAAUCUAUAACUGUUAUCGAAGACAUCGAUUGCACUUCGGAGGCGCAUACUAGAGCAAAAUCUAAACAAAAAUCAUCAUCUGAUGAUUCUUCUGAGGUUGAACUUCCGGAAGCUCCGGUCAUCAAGCAAUUUUCGCUUUCGGGGCUACUAAACUGCAUUGAUGGAUUAUGGUCGAGUUGCGGGGAGGAGAGGAUAAUCAUAUUUACGACGAAUCACAAAGAAGUUCUAGACCCCGCAUUACUUCGCCCCGGACGGAUGGAUAUGCACAUUCACAUGUCAUAUUGUACUCCUCAAGGAUUCAGGAUUUUGGCUUAUAAUUACCUUGAAGUGAAGGAGCACCCAUUAUUUGAAGAAAUUGAUGAGUUGAUAAUGAGUAAUGAGGUGACUCCUGCAUCUUUGGCUGAAGAGUUAUUGACGAGUGAAGAUGCUGACGUGGCUCUUGGAGAAGUUGUUAAUUUCCUUAAACAAAGGAAAUUGGACAAAGAAAAAGCCGAAGAAGAAAAAAAAAUCAAGAAAAGUAAAGCUGAAGAGGAGGAGAAAACCAAAGUUGACAAUGAAGAGGAGAAGAAAAGCAAAGAUGAAGAUGAGAAGAAAAGCUCUGUUUAGUGAAUUGUUUUUUACGUUACUUUUUACUGAUAUUUAUAUCAUAAGAUUUUGGUACUUUUUUUUAUCAUUUAAUAGGAUUUUAGUUAUCCUAAGUUUUCCAUUAA